GGACCCCUGGAGGAGAGGGGGAAGUGGGCCAGCAAAGUGGAGUUCCUCCUGGCGGUGGCGGGGAAUGUGGUGGGCCUGGGCAACGUUUGGAGGUUCCCUUAUCUCUGCUACAAGAACGGAGGCGGUGCAUUCCUUGUGCCUUAUUUGCUGUUUGUGGUGACCUGUGGGGUACCUCUGUUCCUGAUUGAGACGGCCAUGGGGCAGUACACCCAGGAGGGGGGCAUCACCUGCUGGAAGAAGCUAUGCCCAUUGUUUGAGGGCAUUGGCUACGCGGGUCAGCUGAUCCUCCUCUACAGCUGCAUGUCGUACAUCAUCAUUCUGGCCUGGGCCCUCUUCUACCUCAUCUUCUCCUUCAGCGCCCAGCUGCCGUGGGCCAGCUGCACCAACACCUGGAACACAGAUAAGUGUGUGGACUUCACUACUCAAAAUACUACAUCCAACUGGUCCCAACUGACCAACUCCACAUCUGCAGCCACUGAGUUCUGGGAACGUCGUGUGCUGCGGAUCUCCCGGGGCAUAGAGGAGGUGGGCAGUGUGCAGUGGGAGGUGCUGCUGUGUCUCAUCGUCAUGUGGGUCAUCUGUUACUUCUGCAUCUGGAAGGGAGUCAGGUCCACCGGCAAGGUGGUGUAUUUCACUGCCACCUUCCCGUACCUGAUGCUCCUGGUACUGCUGAUACGGGGGCUGACUCUACCUGGGGCUCUGCAGGGGGUGCUGUUCUACCUGUACCCUGAGCCCGGCCGCCUGGCAGACCCACAGGUGUGGAUGGAGGCAGGAGCUCAGAUUUUCUUCUCCUAUAGCGUGGGCGUGGGAUCCCUGACAGUACUGGGCAGCUACAACACGUACAACAACAACUGCUACAGAGACUGCUUGUGGCUGUGUUUGCUGAACAGUGCGACCAGCUUGGUGGCUGGAUUUGCGGUCUUUUCUGUGCUGGGAUUCAUGGCACGUGAGCAGGGCGCCCCCAUCGAGGAGGUGGCGGAGUCAGGUCCUGGGCUGGCGUUCAUAGCAUACCCACAGGCAGUAGCCAUGAUGCCUCUCCCCCAGAUGUGGGCCUGCUGCUUCUUCGUUAUGAUCAUUCUGCUGGGCCUGGACACACAGUUUGUGGCGAUGGAGGUGGUGAUGACGUCGGUGACGGACCUGUUUCCUGCAGUGCUGCGGAGAGCCGGCCGCAGGGAGGCCUUCCUCCUGCUCUUCUGCCUCGUCUGCUUCUUCUCACAGAUGGUGAUGAUCACCGAGGGGGGGAUGUAUGUGUUCCAGCUCUUUGACUACUAUGCGUGCAAUGGGGCCUGUUUGCUCUUCCUGUCUGUGUUUGAGGUGCUGGCCAUGGGCUGGCUCUUUGGGGCAGAGCGCAUGUACGACGUGAUUGAGGACAUGACCGGAGAGCGGCCCAACCCCAUCUUCAAGCUCUGCUGGCUCUACCUCACCCCACUCGUGUCCUUGGGAUCCUUCAUCUUUUCCAUGGUGGAGUACCAGCCCCUGACCUUUAACCGCUGGUAUGUAUACCCGGGGUGGGUAUACGUUCUGGGGUGGAUACUGGCACUCUCCUCCAUCCUUUUGGUGCCAGGAUGGGCACUGAUCAAGCUCUUCAGCGGGACUGGCACUCUGAGACAGCGCUGGACCCGCCUGCGUCGGCCUGCCUGUGACCUCCCUCUCACCCGGAAGCAGAGAGCUGAGCAAGAACAUAUGACUUCCGGAACAGAGCUGAAAGAGUUAAUGACUGACAGAGAGCAAACAAAUACAGGGAUGGAACAGGUUUGA